UCCACUGUCCUGUCAGAGGGGGUGGUGGUGUGGUUGUCAAAAUCUGACAGACCAAUUUUCCACCACCGAACGCUGGAGAAAAUUCGUGGAAAAUCAGCUGGCAGUCGGUAGGAAAAUUCGGCUUCAGAAUUUCCGCUUGGGGAGGAUCGAAAAUUGACUUCGGAGAGUUUUGUAUGUUGGGUGGUGAUUGGAGCUAAAUUCCGGAAAAGGGUGGCUAAGUUUUGAGUGGAUUUGAAAACGCCCAGAGCAGUUUCCCGGUGUCGGAAAAUCCGGCGUUGACAGCAGGAGAAAAUUGUUCGAAAAUUUCCCACCAAUGGCUUCUGCGGCGUACAGCAGAGUGGAUGACUACCCGAUAGACGACUCGCUGGAGUAUUUCAUCAAAUUUCCCUCCCCAAACUUCAAGAACGAUGGUCAGGGAGCCGAAUCGGAUUAUGUCUUCGUUUGCAACGAAACUAAUGUUCCGAUUGUGCUGCUUCUGGGGUGGGCCGGUUGCCAGGAUAAAUAUCUCAUGAAGUACUCCAAAAUAUACGAAGACCGAGGCUUAAUCACCAUUCGAUACACGGCCCCGGUAGACAACCUGUUCUGGAAGCGAACCUCCAUGAGCCAGAUUGGAGAAAAGAUACUGAAGCUGAUCUACGACAUGAACUUCGACAGUCAUCCCCUGAUUUUCCACGUAUUCUCCAACGGGGGAGCGUUCCUGUACCAGCACGUGGCCCUGGCCAACAGACGCUCGAAAAAGCCGGUGCAAAUCUGUGGAAUGAUAUUUGAUUCGGCUCCCGGCGACCGGCGGGUGCUGGGUUUGUUCCGGGCGGUUUCGGCCAUCCUGGGCAAGGAACGGCGCUGCAACAAGUUGGUCUCGGCCCUGAUGACCAUAGGGCUGAUAUUUUUGUGGGCUUUUGAGGACUCGUUCAAUUAUUUUCGAAGCUUUAUUCGACCUUUUGAAGUUCAGACGAAUCCGUCGCACAAUUUGAAGUACGAAAGCAAUGAGUGGCCGCAACUGUUUCUAUAUUCCAAGGAAGACAGAUUGAUUCCACAUACGGACAUUGAGAAGUUCGCCGCAUACCGGCGAAGCUGUGGCGUGGAUGUCAAAAUGGUAUGUUUCGAUCGGUCGGAGCACGUCAAGCACUAUAUCCGGCAUCCACAACAGUACAUCUACAGCGUCUGCAAGUUCAUCAACGAUUGCUUAACCACAUACUACAACAAAUUCCACACCUAAAGAAGAGGCCACCAACCCGAUCUCAGCCGGAAUGUAUCGGCACACAUUUAACAUUGAGGUGAGAGCGAAACGAACAACAAACGAAUGCCUUGCAGCCAAAAUAAAUAGACAUGAUUUCAAGAGUUCUGUAGAUUUGGAUAUCUCCUUUCCAAAUAUGUAGGGCAAACCGAUUGGUUGCGAGUAGUGUAGGUUUUAGAAACAAAUUCAAGGCAUCCCUCGUUUUGGUAGCACACGUGUACGGUUUGACCCUACUGGAUGCCACAGUAAGAGUUGUAGGAAAGAAACGAGUUCAAACUAUUGUUUCCCAUUGCAGUUUGAAGUACUUAUCUAAGUAGAGCAGCAAUCUAACGCUCAACUGAUUUCGUUUUGUUACGAAAAAAUUACGGAAAGAUUAUCCACAAGAAAUUGCACAAGUGUCUUCAGUAUUAUGUUGUUUUUCCUUUUAUGAUCA